AUGGCAAAACCUGGUGUUCCAAUUAAGAGAAACUCAAGCGCAGAACUCGUCCUAUACGCCAAUUCACGUUUAUAUUAUGGAACCCGUGAUGGAGGAGAUGCGAGAAAUGUCCAUCCGUCGGGUCAUAAGAUGGGUAAGCGCGACGAUUAUGAUAUUCGGAGGAGUGAUACCUUACAUUCCUCAAUACCGAGAGAUACAUCUGAAGCAGGACGCCGAAGGCUUCUCCCUCUACGUAUGCCUUGCCCUGUUAAUCGCCAAUACCCUUCGUAUACUUUUCUG